AGGAUAGGAGGCGGGGUGUGUGUUUGUGUAUGUGUGUACAGAUGGGACUGUGUACGGCAAGGUUAUGUCGACAAGGCAUCGUUCUUUACCCGAAAUCAACCGACCAUUAAGCGUACAGCUUUAGUUCUUUUUUUCGGAAGACUUGUGACAUUGAAAGAGAGUUAUUGGAUGUAUUUUUCUACUCGCCGGUGACGAGGAAGCACCCGCUUCUUACAAUAAGUGGAGUUGACUGUCCCUGUGUCCGCACACAGCGGCUGGCUGCCAACAAAGGAAAUAAGAUGACGGAAGGCCGCCUGUGCCAGAUCCACCUGCUGGACGACAGGAACCUGGAGCUGCUGGUACAGCCCAAGCUCCUGUCCCGCGAGCUCCUAGAUUUGGUGUCUUCACAUUUUAACCUCAAAGAAAAGGAGUAUUUUGGGUUAAGCUUCAUCGACGACACUGGUCAGAACAACUGGCUGCAGUUUGAACGUAGAGUCCUUGACCAUGACUUUAACAAGAAGAGUGGCCCUUUGGAACUGCGCUUCCUGGUCAGAUUCUACAUCGAGAAGAUUACAUUCUUGAAAGACAAUACAACGGUGGAGCUAUUCUAUCUGAAUGCUAAAUCUGCUGUGUGUAAUGAAACCAUUGAAGUGGAGAGCGAACACGUUUUCAAAUUAGCGGCAUUGGCGUUGCAAGAAGCCAAAGGAGAACACACAAGCUCUGAGACUGCCAGGGAAGACCUGAAGCAGCUCACCCUCUUGCCCACCAGAGUCCUGAGGGAACACCCGUCGCUGACCUACUGCGAGGACCGAGUUAUUGAACAUUACAAGAAACUGCAAGGAGUGAGCAGAGGAGGGGCCAUUGUUCAGUAUCUGGCCCUGGUGGAGUCCCUGCCGACGUAUGGAGUCCAUUACUACCCUGUGAAGGACAAGCAGGGGAUACCCUGGUGGCUCGGGGUCAGCUACAAAGGCAUCGGCCAGUUCGACUUGCAGGACAAAUUAAAACCCCGAAAAUUAUUUCAGUGGAAGCAGCUGGAGAACCUGUAUUUUCGUGAGAAGAAGUUUGCAGUGGAAGUGAAUGACCCUCACAGGCGCACAGUGACGAAGCGCACCUUCGGCCAGGCAGGGCUGGUCAUCCACACCUGGUAUGCCAGCCACUCUCUGAUCAAGACUAUCUGGGGGAUGGCUAUAAGUCAGCACCAGUUCUACCUGGACAGGAAACAGAGCAAAGCAAAGCUUACGGCCACAAGAAGUUCAGGAGACAUCGCCAUGGACCUGACGGAGAUCUCUGUACCGAGAAUCAGGAAAAUGACUAGCACCGAGACGCGGGACCAGCUCAUCAUGGCCAGCAACGGCAGCCUGAUAUCAGCCGGUUCAGUCGACUCUGAGAUCAUCGAGGAACGGAAGAAAGAGAAGAUUUCUGAUCUGAAGAAGAAGGAGAAGGAUCUGGAAGACAAGUUGGCCAAGAAGAUGGAGGAGCUGAAGAAUGUCUGCAUGAGAGAAGCCGAGCUCACGGGACAGCUGCCCAAGGAAUACCCUCUGGGGGCCGGGGAGAAAGCCCCACCCAUAAGGAGACGCGUGGGGACGGCCUUCAAGCUGGAGGACCCUUCCCUCUACGACAAGGACCCGCACCUGAGGAACCUGGAGAGCCGCUUCGAGCUGCAGCAGAAGUUCGUGGAGGCCUCCAUGAAGCUGGCCAGCGAGGAAGACCUGGCCAAGACGGUGAAGAAGAAGCGGAAGAACAACUACCUGGACGCCAUGAGGAUGCUGCAGAACAUGGAGGACGAGAUCAACGCCUACCGCAAGACGAUGGGCCAGAAGCCUACCCAGAGGGCCUCGCUGAUUAUGGCUGAAGAUUCCAACCCUUCAGAGCUCAGCUCGCUGUCGGACAGCCUCACUCUGGACGACGACGAUGAGCUGGGGUCCCAGAGGCUGCGCUCCAGGUCGGUGCAGUAUUCCCCCCGGCCGCACCACGCAGACACCCUGGACAUCCACUACGGCCAGGACCGCCGGGCCUCGGAACAGCCCCUAGACAACAGAUUGAGGUACGGCCAGCUCCAGGAGCCACUCCUCUACCCUAACCACGGGGCCUUAUCAGGCCACAGCAGCCCCUACAGACCCCCUCCCCGCCAGCCCCGGGAUGCCCGCAGCAUGCCCCCCACCCCCGUCCUGCCCCGCAACGCCUUCAGCAGCACCCAGCUCAGGUCUGACGACGGCCCGCAGCAUUUCCGCCAGCGCAGCGGCAGCCUGGAGUCCCAGUCCAACUACCCGCCCGAGCCGGAGCCCCCCAUGCCGGCCUUCGGCCAGCCCGGCCCCCGCCGCAGCACCAGCACCGACCCGCUUGACGACGGCUCCUCCUACACCAGCCAGUCCAGCGCCGAGCACAGCGGCCCCCACCACCACAGCUCCCGGGCCCCCGCGCGCCAGCGCGUCCGCGGCCGCCGCAAGGAGCUCUACGCCAACACGGGCAGCAUGCCCAACCUGGCCCAGCACCACGCGCAGCCGGAGGCCCGCGCCCCGGCCUACCAGCCACGCCCACGGCCCACCACCACCGCCUACUACGUCACGGGCUACCCCAGCUACCCCGAGCCCGAGCCCUUCUACAACAACGGAGGCUACGCGUACGACAGCAACGAGAUGGAGGGCCACUACAGCGUCAACCCCUCCCCCCAUCAGCCCCACCACGGCUACGGACGCUAUGGCGACGAGCUGGACGGCGGCAUGGCGUCCGUCUCCAACCUCUACGCCACGCUGCGGCCCUCCAGGUCUCGGCCGUCGAUGGCUCCGCCCCCACUCCAGCAGCACCAUCCUCAGCAGCUGCAGCUGCAGCAACACCAUCAGCUGCAGCAACACCAUCAGCUGCAGCAACACCAUCCGCAGCAGCUGCAGCAGCACCACUAUCAACAGCAGCAGCAGCACCACUAUCAACAGCAGCAGCAGCAGCAGCAACCCUAUCAGCAGCAGCCGCCCCAGAAGACGGUGCACAAGGCCCUGGUGGCGGAGCACCUGAGGGGCUGGUACCAGCGCAACACGGGCGUCAAACAGCCGGAAUACGACUGCGAGUACGACCGGGGCUCCCAGCAGAGCCUGGGCUACCAGACCAUGCCGGCGCCCUACGCAAGGUCCUACUCGACAGCGUCGUGCGCAGGGAACUGGCAGGGCAACAUGGGCGGUAGCAUGGGCCAGUACGACGUGCACGCCCACCAGGCCUAUUCCUGCAGCACCACCACCGCACACUACAGCCAGCCCACGCACAGCAGGUCCUACAUAGACGUCCACCAGCUGGACACCCACGCGGGCAGCCCUCUGGGCAGCCCCGCGGACCCCGAGGACCACCUGCAGUGGCACGAGACCUCCGGCAAGCCAGGGACCAUCGUCUAGAGUCAGCGCUGGGAACUCUCACACACUUUACGCUGCUGUGCCUUAGACCACACUUACCGGUUUUUCUGGAUAAGAGCGACCCAAAGAAUUUCAAGGAAAUACUUUUUCUGAACCUGAAAAAGGACAAGAAUGCGAGCGAGGAAAACACCGUCCCGGGUCUUGGUGCGUGCACAACAAAAAACACAAACGAACAAAAGCAGCCACCACUGGCUGUCGCGAUGCGAUCCCCGGGCCCUGGGGAUGUCUGGAGGUCAAUGGCCCUGUAGUUCACAGAGGCCUCGUCCGGGCUGGCCCUCCCUCCUGGGACUUUGUGAAACAGUGAACGCAACUGGAGAAGGCGGGCUCUGCACUUCCCCAAACUAAAUCCAGAGGUUUUUUUUCUUUGUGUGUGUGUGUUGUGUAUAUAGAUAGAUUAAGGACGAGGAACCAUCCCUUUAAAGUUGGAUUUACCGAGCCUCUACAAUGAACAACUACAACCAUGACAUGUCGUCCAACGUCUCUGCCUCUCGCACAGACAGUAUGGCCCAAUCCCAAUGUCCGGACUCACAGACUUUAUUGUGCGUUCCCGCGAAAUUAUUAAGGCUUUAGGGCUGUCCCAAUGUCGAAUUCCAAAGGGCGGGAGGGUUUGAGUCCACACUUACCGAGCCCUUUCCGGGAGUCCACAUCAGUGCAGACUUCACCUAAGCAGCAACAUCUUUGUCAUUAAACGUUGUCAAGGUAACGCGUGCUCUCGUGAAGUGCUGUCCCAAUCACAUGUAUACCUAUCUGAGGCCCUGUGGCCUCACACACUCGGUCACUUGGCACCUGAGAUCAAUGAAGUCCGUGAGUCCUUAGUCCUUAGUCCUCAGGGCUCACUUUGGGAUUGGGCCAAUGAAGGAUCAAUGCAGGGGCUGGCAGGGGGCUAUUUUGAAAUGAAGGAUUCAAGGGAUAUAUUGACAGUGGAAGACCCCUCAGCCCGUGAGCCUGUAGCCUAUGCACUGCUGUGUGUACUAGUGUGACUUUGGACGGUUUUAGAUCCAUUUACAAAAGUAUUCUCGCCUUUCUCAGUAUCAACAAUAUAAUAUAACACAGUCCUGCCAAAUACCAUCUUGGAUUUUAAUAUUACUGGUGCUUUUUUUUUUGUCUCAGCGGAAACUCUGGACUGUAGUAAAAUAUGAAAUGAAAAAAGGCACCAAUUUAGAUGAUUUGUUUUUCUAACAAGCUUGUAUCCAUGCUGGAAUCCAUGGACCAGUGUUUUUUCUAUAAAGCUGUAUGUACAUGUUGGUAUUGUAAAUACAUUGUUUUUGUUUCAUAGCCUGUUUAAAAAAAACAUGUAAUAUAUAGUAAACAAUCAAUUUUUUAAGCUGGAUCUUAGUAAUUUUUAUAAUUACAUUGUUGAUUUGUUUGAAUAAAAAAAGUCUAAGUCAAAUCAUGAA